AUGUAUUCACUGAAAGUAUUACUUAUAAUCGGUUGUUUAUUGAUGUUAUAUCAAAGUACAGAUGGUCAAUCUUCUCGUACUACUCCACGACCAACUCCUCGACCAACUCCACGACCAACUCCUCGACCAACUCCAAGACCAACAACACCGCAUCGGCGUCGAUGUAUUUGCGAUUGUUGUAUGGGGUAUCAAUGUCAAUCAUAUCGUGUGGGAGACACAUAUAUCAGUUCUGGAAUAUGCAGAAAUUUUGAUUGUGAGGAUACAGCUUCAGCGACAAAUAAUGUAAAAAUGAAUUAUAUACCAAACGAAAGCUCAUCGAAAACGCAAUCAACGAGUAUAACUGGUAACCCAUAG